GAAGGUCUGCUCCACCCUCAACAAGCAACGCCCACUGACACGCUUAUACAACACUUAUGAAACAUAGACGAUAAACACGGAACCACUCAACAAGAGUGAAAACUCUUUACCAACAGGUUUCCCGUCGUUUUUUCAUGCUGACCAUGCGUUUUCACGGGUCAGUGCGUCUAUUGGAAAUUGCUCUUUUGGUUCUCCUGGCAGUCUGUCAACAAUGUGUCUCAGCUGACAGUGACAUUUUGGCUCCACCAGAAGUCUCGCAGCACAAUGGCACCAUGUAUGCAGUGUGCAAAAUGAGACCCAGCUCAACAAUACCCGAGGGUCUGCCCAAAGUGUACGGUCAGGUGCUGUUUAAACAGGAUUAUCCUCAUGGAAAACUCAAAGUCCUUCUCCGGUUCAAUGGCUUCCCCACGGAGGGUAAUCCAGAGCCUAGAGCGGUGCACAUCCAUCAGUACGGAGACCUGAGACAGGGGUGUGACUCCACUGGUGGCCACUACAAUCCACGCGGUGUACAUCAUCCAAACCACCCGGGAGACUUUGGGAACUUUGAGCCCCAGGAAGGAAAAAUCAUUACGUUGAUAGAAUCUGAUGCAACACUGUUCAAAGAGCUUUCUGUGAUCGGAAGAGCGGUGGUGGUCCAUGAAAAGAGAGAUGACUUAGGGCGUGGUGGAGAUGCCGGGAGCCUGCUGCAUGGAAAUGCAGGCCGCAGGCUUGGCUGCUGCAUUAUCGGGAUUUCCUCUCCUACUCUCUGGAACAUGUACAACAAGCAGAAUAACAGGCCGCUGAGGAGAAAUUAAGAGUAGAGUAAUGCUGUAUACUUUUAAUCAGCUCACAGAUGUUGCCUUUGUAUUCAUUCAGUCAUUGUAUCUGUUGUAUUCUGUGUCUGAUACUAAGAAAAAUCAAUGACUCAAUCACAUCACCACUUUCCAAACAUUCAACAGUAGCUUAUUAGAUGUAGUGGAAACUUGCCUUAAGAACGUGACCCACCAAAUUUGGUUCAGACAUCCAUGGUUCCCAAAGGAUGUAUUCUUGAUUUUGGUGAUUCUUUGCUUUUUCUUCUAAAACCCAUUAAGUUAGACUCCUUGCAUGAAACCUUACAAAAAUAGACAUUCUGCAUUACAUACUGUAUCAAACUUUACAUUCAGGGCGGUGUGUCACAAUAUAUCAAAUCCUGAUGAAAACUGCUUCUUGUUUUGGAUUUUAUACUUAAAAUACAGUUUUUCCAAAAACAGUAGUUGAAAAUUAUUUAUUUUGCAGAAAUAAAUCCACAUUUGUACACAUUCAACACUUACAGAAAACACAUAUGUCUCUAUGUAAUUACUAUCUGCUGAGUUACAAAAACACAAGAUAUCAGUGCUGGUAAUCUAGAUGUGGCUUCAGUGUGUUACAGACUAAUACAUUCUGUAUAUAUAUAAUAUAUUCUAAACUAAGAUCUGUUUGUUCAGUGUCAACUGACAAAUCAUGUGGUAAAUCAUCAAAUAUUUGCUUUGAAAAAUGUCUGUUAAGGAAUAAAAGCAUGGAUUAAAAUAGAAAA